CAGUUAUAAAGAGGCUGACCCAGCAGAGCGUGGUGGGGAAUUACAAGGUGCAGGAAACCAGCAGCACUGGACCAGGCUGGGUGUCUGCUUGACUGACCACGACCUGCUCUGCAGCAUGGGGAAAGACAGGCUGCCCAGCAAACCAAACGUCUUCCUCCUUCUGCUCUUCAUCCUUCCUGGAAAUACCUCUCCCACCACAGAACCGCAGUAUAUGGUGCUACUGCCCUUUCUGAUACACACCGAUUCUCCAGAGAAAGUCUGUGUUCAGCUGACCCACCUGAAUGAGUCUGUGACGCUGAGUGCCACACUCGAGUAUCAAGGGGAAAACAGGAGCUUGAUUGAUGACGUGGUGUCGGAGAAGGACGUGUUCACCUGCAUUCCUUUCUCUCUUCCAAAAUCUAAUAGCACAUCAGUGGCAUUUCUCACUGUGAUGGUGAAGGGGGCGACGCUGCAGUUCAGGAGCCGCAAGUCGGUGCUGGUCAAGAAUUCUGAGAGCUUGGUCUUCAUCCAGACAGACAAACCCAUCUACAAGCCUGGACAGACAGUUCUCUUUCGGAUCGUCUCUCUGGACAAAGACUUCUACCCACUGAAUGAGAAGUUUCCAUUUGUCUAUGUUCAGGAUCCCCAGAGGAACCGUGUGUACCAGUGGCAAGGGGUGGAACUAGAGACCGGCCUUACGCAGCUCUCCUUCCCCCUCACAUCUGACCCCAUCCAAGGCUCCUACAAAAUAGUUGUGCAGAAAAGCUUCACAACCCACGUGGAGCACUCCUUCAGCGUGGAGGAAUAUGUGCUGCCCAAGUACGAGGUCCUGGUGAAGCUGCCCAAGAUGAUCACUAUUAAGGACAUGGAGCUUCCAGUGUCUGUCUGCGGACUGUACACCUAUGGGAAACCUGUUCCUGGUUUGGUGAAUGUCCAAGUGUGCCGGAAAUUUUCACAUUCUGCUUCAAAUUGUUAUGGAAAAGAAGCAGAAGCUGUGUGUGAAGAAUUCACUAGGCAGGCAGAUGCUCGUGGGUGUGUUUCUGGUGUAGUAAGGACCAAGAUAUUUCAGCUCCAGCGCAGAGGAUAUAAGAUGAGCAUUGAGGCACAAGGCAAGAUGACAGAAGAUGGCACAGGAAUAGAGAUGACUGGAACAGGCUCCUGUGAAAUCACAUCCCUCAUGAGCAAAGUCAGCUUUGACCUGCUGGACUCUCAGUACAGACCAGGAAUCCCACUCUUUGGGAGGGUGAAGCUGGUAGAUGGCACUGAUGCUCCACUCGCCAAUGAAACCAUCAUGAUUUCUGUGGAUGGAGACAAAUACAAAGGGAAUUACACGACAGAUGAGCAGGGACAAUCCUGGUUUUCCAUAGACACUACCACCUUCACACAAGCCUCCCUGGAAAUCCGAGCUGAUCAUAAACCUGAAUUGAACUGUUAUGACAGCGACUGGAUCACACCUUCAUAUGAGCAAGCCAUACGUAGAAUAAGUCGGUUUUACUCCCCCAGUAAGAGCUUCCUCAAAAUUGAGCCAAAGCCUGAGACGUUAAGUUGUGGCUUCCCCACGGAGGUCCAGGUGCACUAUAUCUUCACACCAGAGGCCAUAGGAGAGCAGAAGAAAAUCGUCAUUUACUAUUUGGUGAUGGCCAAGGGAGGCAUUAAAUUAGCAGAUACCCAUGAUCUGACUGUGAAUCCUGGAGAAGCUUACGGGACAUUUCGGUUGACCAUCCCUGUUGAGUCAGCAAUUGCUCCCCUGGCACGGAUGCUUGUGUAUACCACUUCGCCCAGUGGGGAAGUCAUCGCCAGUUCAGCAGAUUUCCAGGUUGAAAGUUGCUUCCCCAGUAAAGUCAGACUGAGUUUUUUACCCAAGGAAGGUCUUCCUGCCUCCAACGCACGCCUGCAACUCCAUACCUCACCAAGGUCCCUGUGUGCCCUCCGUGCUGUGGACAAGAGUGUUCUCCUCAUGAAGCCUGAAGACGAGCUCUCUCCCAGCUCUGUGUAUGAUCUUCUCCCACUUAAGGAAAUCCGGGGUUAUAGCUUCAAACACUACUACCUGGAAGAAGACAACAUAAACCCUUGUGUGUCACUUGACAACGUAUUAUUAAAUGGAUUUGUCUACACACCCAUUUCUCCUGAUGGCGAAGGUGAUGCCUAUGAUGUUCUCAAAGAAUUGGGCUUAAAAGUCUUCACUAGCAGCAAGAUCCAUAAGCCUGAAAUCUGCCAGCAUUACCCAGGACACAUAAUGGAAAGGAGUUACGGUAUUUCUAUGACUGCAAUGAAUCUGCUCGAUGAUUUGGAGUAUGAAAUGACAGAACAUAUGAUUGAUGGCAGUCCUGCAGAGACCGUCCGGAAGUACUUCCCUGAGACAUGGAUCUGGGAUAUCGUUUCAGUGAACUCUGAGGGAAAUGCUGAUCUAGAUGUGACCAUCCCUGACACCAUCACCGAGUGGAAAGCCAAUGCAUUCUGCACGUCAGCAGAGAGGGGCUUUGGCCUGUCCCCGACAGUGUCCCUCAGAGCCUUCCAGCCCUUCUUUGUAGAGCUCACCAUGCCCUACUCCGUAGUGCGUGGUGAGUCCUUCACACUGAAAGCCACCGUUUUCAACUACCUCACCGCCUGCAUCAGGGUCAGCGUGUCUCUGGCUGAAUCUACUCAUUUCCUGGCUACACCAGUAGAGAAGCAGGAAGAAUCCUACUGCAUCUGUGUGAAUGAAAGGAAAACUGUGGCUUGGGCAGUAACACCAAGAUCUCUAGGGCAGGUGGAGUUCUCGGUGAGCACUGAGGCCCUGAAGAACCAGCAGCCCUGCGGGAACGCCAUCGUGGAGACCCCUGAGAAAGGGCGGAAGGACACGGUCAUCAGACAGCUGCUGGUGGAG